AAUUGGAAAGCACCCUAGUGAUCGUAGGUCAGUGUGCAGUUUGAGAUAACCUUACAUUUUAAUUAAAAUGGCCGAUUUGGAGUUAACAGAGGAAGAAUUGACGCAGAAGCACAAAAAGGAACGAAAGGAGUUGCAAGCGCAAAUACAGACUUUGAAAAAGUCAAUUUGUAAAGGUGACAAAAAGAAGCGAAAAGAGGUUGCCGAGGAAAUAGGACGGUUAGAGGAGAACUUGGAGAAACGUCAAGCGGAGGAGUUGAAUACAUGGAAGCUGGCACACGUUACCCUGGACGAGAACGAACAAACGGAGACCGCGCAGACGAACGAAGAGGACGAUGAGGACGACAAUUGCGCGGAGCAGUCUACGCAUAGGAUCUCGAAAGCGCAAAAGAGGAGGGAGAGGAAGGCGAUCGCAGAGAAGGAGCGCAAUCAGAGGAUCAUUGAGCAGGAAGCACUCAAUGUAUUUGGCAAGAGGAACGUUGAGAUGGAAGCCAUAAAAAAGAUCCUUCUAGAGCGCAACUUGAUGGUUUACGAGAUUCCUAGUGAUGGUCAUUGUUUAUAUAACGCAGUGGCGCAUCAGCUCAAGAUAAAUGGAGAGACGCUACUCAGCCUGCACGAUCUUAGAACGAAAACUGCCGAAUACCUGAGGGAAAACAUGAAUGACUUCUUACCCUUCCUCUCUAACCCCGACUCUGAUGAUCUAUUGACUCCUGAAGAGUAUGAGAGGUACUGCAAUGACGUGGCUGAAACGAGUGCAUGGGGUGGCGCAGUCGAGUUGCAGGUACUGUCUCGCAUCCUGAAAUGUCCAAUCGAAGUUAUACAGGCUACAGGGACACCCUACAUCGUCGGUGAGGAAUACAGCAAUGGAAAGAAGGUAACGCUGACUUACCAUCGUCAUAUGUAUGAGUUAGGCGCUCAUUACAAUUCCGUUACGAAGCACGUUCAGGAUGAGGAGAGCUGAUAAAGGUCUCCCUUAGACAUCAUUUAUGUUUUACUACAAUUGUCUUCAAGUUUUACUAUUGAACGAUAAAUUUAAUCCCGCAUUUUCGAUUUGCAUAUUUUUACCAGUCAAUAAGUUAAUUUAUUCUGUACGGAUAACGUACCAUAAAUUUAUAAGCGUUAUAAGAUAUUUUUAUCAAGAUAUACAUGAAAUAGCAAAAAAGCUGCCAAAGUACUCGAUCUUCCGACGAGAGAGUUAUAUUUCUAAACUUUAUACUUAUUGUGAUGAUUAUUAACUGUUAAAGCUUAGAAGAAUUUUUUAAACGUGUAUGUGAGUGAUCGUUAAAGGAUUAAAUAUAAAACAUAUUCCGUCUUGAUGAUUUGUAUAUUUGUAUUGAGAAGCCACAUUUUUACGCUGAAAAUUACAUAUUAAAUUCACGUAUACUAAAAAUGUACUUUUGUUCAUGUUUAAUCUCUUAAUGGUUACGUACACGUUUUAGAAACUUCUUUUCACAGUCAUUAGUUAAACACGAGAUACAUAUCAAUGAAACGUCAGAGUAAAAACAUAUUUCCUCAUCACUUAGUCACUUUGUUGAGAUUUUGAUUCUCAUGGUUAGACAUCCCAAGUUCUAAAUUCUGUCAAAGUAGUAGAUUUUUCAUAGAUAUUCUGUAGAUUCCAUAGAGUGUUUUCCAUCGCACAUUUAGUACGAAAUAUGAUCAGAUUUUGCAUUAUUUGUCACAUUAAAGUUCAGGAUUUAUUUUAAAAAAUAAAUUCAAGAAUGUAAACUGUAAGAUUUGUAUGUAUUCCAUUUUAUAAUGGAAUCUUCGACUGAUCUAAUGACUCUAUAGAUUUUACAUAAUAUUCUUUCUGUUAUAUAAAUGAGUUUUAGAUAAUAAUAUUUCUUUUGCUUUGAUGGAUUUUCAUUUUGUGUGAGAUGCGGGCUUGAUAGUUACAUUUAACAUUAAAUGUGCGAUGGGAAUAUCGACUUUAGAGUCGAUAUUCAGAUAUAUUUAAAUAAAUACACGUUACGAAUACAGACUAUUAUUAACUAAAAUAUCUCGACGAUUUAGACGUAAGUUGAUUUAUAGGGAAAGCAGCUGUGUUAUUAGCGAUUAAAUUGAUAUAAGAUUAUAUUCAUUUUCGAAGUCGAUAUCGGACAAUAUAAAAAUGCUGCCAGUAAAUAUGCAAGUACUUAUUAAGAUUCGAUGUUCUUUGGCUUGCUGCAAGUUUCGAGGUAUGAAAUGUGUGUUAUUCUAUUAUUACGCAUACUAUUCGUGUUCGUAUGGUAACUAUCACGUCCUUCCAAAAAUAUCGAUAAUUAUCUACGUCUAUGUAUAAGUAUCGAAUUAUUCUUUAUUCAGCAAAUUUUUUCAUUUUCCUGAUGAUUGUCUCCUCAGUACUUAUGAAAUUCUUAAUUAAACAUGUUAUUAUGUAUCAAAGACUUAUACAAUAUUCCUAAAAUGUUUCCAAAUUUAAAAUUUUUAAAAAAUAUCAGGUUUGUUAGUGACUGAAGUUAAUGGUUCUACAAGGUAAAUUUUUGAUCUUGUGAAUUAUUCAUCAAGACUAGUAUGUUCAAGGCAUCAGUUUGAAUAGUAACCUAGAUAAUCUUGAAUUCAAUUAUUUUUCGCGGUGAAGGGAAAAAAAUAAGAAAUAAAUACAUUAUAAUUGUAACGUUAGAAGGGGGAAACACAUGGUAAUGUUGUUCUCAUGUGUUCUCACGAUUUUGUAAACUAUUCGAAUGUAAUGUAUGUGCUGUAACUGGUGAAAUAAAUAGAAUAUAUAA